AUGCCUGGCAAAGCCUCCCACCCCCCUGCCUCCCAGCCAGCCCCGGGCUCCCUGCAAGCGCUUCUCAGCGAUGAAGAUGUGGAAAGAGCAGAAAAUGUCCCCGUUUACAUGGGGUGCAUCGAGGUGCUGCGCUCCAUGAGGUCCCUCGACUUCAACACCCGGACACAGGUCACCAGGGAAGCCAUCAACAGACUGUAUGAGGCGGUGCCGGGUGUGAAGGGCAUCUGGAAGAAGAAGGCUCCCAACAAAGCCCUCUUCUCCAUCCUGGGCAAGAGCAACCUCCGCUUUGCUGGCAUGAGCAUCGCUGUCAACAUCUCUGUUGACGGGCUGAACCUCAUGAUCCCCACCACACGCCAGAUCAUCGCCAACCACCACAUGCAAUCCAUCUCCUUCGCCUCCGGCGGGGACACGGACACCACAGACUAUGUCGCCUACGUCGCCAAGGACCCCAUCAACCAGAGAGCCUGCCACGUCCUGGAGUGCUGCGAGGGGCUGGCUCAGAGCGUCAUCAGCACGGUGGGACAGGCCUUCGAGCUGCGCUUCAAGCAGUACCUGCACAGCCCCCCCAAGGUGGUGGCACCCCCAGACAGGACACUGGGUGCGGAGGACUUGGCCUGGGGGGAGGACGAGGAGGCGGCCGAGCACGAUUACUACAACAGCAUCCCGGGGAAGGAGCCACCCCCGGGGGGGCUGAUCGAUUCUCGGCUCCGGCACGGCAUGAUCCUGGGCCACAUUCGCACUCAGCCCUCCAGCUCCGGCCCCCCCAGCCAGGGCGGGUUUGCAGCCAGGCGAGACCAGAGCAGCCAGCCAGGGCCACCCUGGGACCUGGAGAGCCAGGGCCAGCCCUGCGACGGGUACCUGCAGGCGGACGGCCACCCCCUGGGGCCACGAGAGUAUGAGGAGCACAUGUACGUGAACACACAGAGCCUGGACGCCUGGGAGCCGGAGGUGGCAGCUCACGGGGUGCCGGAGGAGAGCCCCAAAAAGGACCUCUUUGAUAUGAGGCCGUUUGAGGAUGCCCUGAAACUCCACGAGUGCAUUGCUGGGGGCAGCAGCAGCCCCCCCAUCGAGGACCAGUGGCCGAGCCCCCCCACACGGAAAGCCCCCAUCGCCCCCACAGAGGAGCAGCUCAGGCGGGAGCCGUGGUACCAUGGGAAGAUGAGCCGGCGGGACGCUGAGAGGCUCCUGCAGACAGACGGGGACUUCCUGGUGCGGGACAGCCUCACCAACCCCGGGCAGUACGUGCUGACCGGCAUGCACAGCGGGCAGCCCAAGCACCUGCUGCUGGUGGAUCCUGAGGGCGUGGUGAGGACCAAGGACGUGCUGUUUGAGAGCAUCAGCCACCUCAUCAGCCACCACCGGCAGAACGAGCAGCCCAUCGUGGCUGCAGAGAGCGAGCUGCACCUCCGCCAGGUUGUCCGGAGGAAGCAGUGA